GUUCUGCGGGCGGAUUGCUGCUUCACAAGCGCUAUCCCGCUGCAAACGCCUCGAACACAAGCCGGGAAACCACGUUACAAACUCGCCAAAAUGGGUGUGGGACGGCGCAUGAAGAAACAGGGGCCGCCGGAGCCUCUGUCCGAAGAACAUUUUGCCAACCUCAAGCGGAAAAAGGGUCUACCCGUCGACGAUGUUCCCGCCGAGGCGCCCUCGAGCAAGAAGCGUCGCACAACUGCGAAACCCGAAAAGCCGUCCAAGAGCAACCGCGAGGAAAAGGCCACAAAGGAUGACGCCGCAUCGAAGCUGGCAGGGAAACAGACAAACGGCGCGAAGACGGCCCCGGGAGGAUCAGCAAAUGAUCAGAAAGCUGGCAAGGUGAAGCCCAAGAAGGCUCAGCAGCCGGAACCCGAGUCGGACGAGGAAAUGGACGAUGAGUUUGGCGCCUCCGAUCUUGAGGAUGCCAGCAGCUCCGGGUUGGACGGGGACGACUUCCUUGGCUCAGAUGACUCCGUCUAUGACUCUGAACAGGAGGGCGGCAAGAAGAAGAAGUUCGUCUUCUCUGACGACGAGGACGACGACGAGGACCGUGAGGAGAAGUUGACGGCCGCCAACAUCGUGGGUCUGUCAAAGAAGCUGGACGAGAGGUUAGCGAGGGAGGCAGAGGAGAACGAAGAGGAGCUGCGCCGAGAAGCGCUGCAGACCAACAUCGACGGCGACAAGCCGAAUAUUCUUGGCGACGAGGGCGAGGAGGACGAGCUGUCAUCGAAGACCAAGGGUCUCCUUGCACCCGAUCUCCAGAUGCUGAGGACCAGGAUAACGGAGACGGUCCGGGUGCUGGAAAAUUUCGCGAGCCUCGCCGAGGAAGGACGGAGCAGGGCCGAGUAUACCAACCAACUGCUGAAGGACAUCUGUGCUUAUUAUGGCUAUAACGAGUUCUUGGCGGAGAAGCUCAUGAACCUCUUUCCGCCUCGUGAGGCAUUUGCCUUCUUUGAAGCUAACGAGAGCGCUCGUCCGGUCGUUAUCCGCACCAACACUCUUCGGACACACCGCCGCGAUCUUGCGCAAGCGCUGAUCAACCGCGGCGUCACGCUGGAGCCAGUUGGCAAGUGGUCCAAAGUCGGUCUGCAAGUGUUCGAGUCGAAUGUACCGUUGGGUGCCACUCCCGAGUAUCUGGCUGGUCAUUACAUUCUGCAAGCAGCUUCCUCGUUCUUGCCCGUCAUGGCUUUGUGCCCCCAGGAGAAUGAGCGUGUUCUCGAUAUGGCAGCAGCUCCCGGAGGCAAGACAACGCACAUGGCCGCGCUGAUGAAGAAUACCGGUGUCAUUUUCGCGAACGAUCCCAACAAAGCUCGUGCCAAGGGUUUGAUUGGCAACAUCCACCGUCUCGGUGUGAGGAACGCCAUUGUUUGCAACUAUGAUGCUCGUGAAUUCCCCAAGGUGAUUGGAGGAUUCGACAGGGUGCUCUUGGAUGCCCCGUGCUCUGGAACUGGUGUUAUUGCCAAGGAUCCCUCAGUGAAGACCAACAGGGACGAGAAGGAUUUCCUACGAUUGCCGCACACACAAAAGCAACUGCUCUUGGCAGCCAUUGACUCUGUCAACCACGCGAGCAAGACGGGUGGUUACAUCGUCUACUCGACAUGUUCCGUUGCAGUGGAGGAGAACGAGCAAGUUGUUGCCUAUGCACUCAGCCGUCGUCCCAAUGUCAAGCUCGUUGAGACUGGUCUGCCCUUCGGCAAGGAAGGCUUCACCAGUUACAUGGGCAAGACUUUCCACCCCAGUCUCAAACUGACGCGCAGAUACUACCCGCACCUGUACAACAUCGACGGUUUCUUCGUCGCCAAGUUCCAGAAGAUUGGUCCCACACCGGCCAACGCGGUUCUGGCGAAUGGCAAGAAGGACAAGAGCGCUUCCAGCGCUACGACCGCUGGCGAUGAGAAUGAAGAGGAGGUGAUCGACAAGACGCCCAUCGCCGCCGAGGGGGAGGAGAAGGACAAGGAUGACUUUGGCGGGUUUGAUGAUGAGGCAGAUGAGGAGUACAUCCAACGUGCCAGGCGAAACGCGAUGAGGAGACGGGGUCUAGACCCCAGAGCGCUGAAGAGGGGUCAGGAGAAGAAGACCGGUGUGGAGACGAAGACACCAAGUGAGGCGGCCAAGGAGAAAUCCGACGAGGACAAGCCGAAGGAGAAGGAGAAGGACAAGCCGAAGGAGAAAAAGGGCAAGGGGGAAAAAUAGGGGUCUCAAAAUUAAUGGAACUGUUCUGCGGCUGCAUAUCUUGGCAUCUGCAGACUGCCCGUGGUCUUCAAUUCACCAGCCGUUGGUCGCACAUC